AUGAAGGAUGCCUUAAGUAAUUUCAUGUGUGACCACUUCGAUAUGAGCUGUCUAGAUUCAAUUGAUCUUGAUCUUGAUCAUCAUCAUCAACAUCAGCUCAAUUAUUUUCAAUCUUCUUCUCCUUAUGAGAGCAACAUUUACACUCUUAACUCCGCACUUCAUAAUAGUAGUAGUGACCACCAUCAACAAAAUACAACCACGAAACCUCCUUUGCCGGCCGAUAUGAAAAGGGUUACGAUUAAGAGCCGCAAUUUGAAUUCUUGCACUUCGGCUACCCCAAAUGCGGAGAUGGUGUCUACUACUACUUCUCCUGCAGCCUUAAUUUCGUUCAACAACUCGAACUCAACCGCGAAUAAUGCGCUGGUGCUUUCUUCUGAGAAGAACUAUAUUGUUGGUUCGAUUGGUACCAAUACUAGGUCUCCAUCAUAUGCUCGGGAUCAUGUUAUAGCUGAAAGAAAGCGACGAGUGAAGCUCAAUCAGAUGUUUAUAGCUCUUUCCGCUGUGGUUCCAGGUCUAAAGAAGAUGGACAGGACUUCUGUUCUGGGAGAUGCCAUCAAUUAUGUUAAACAUCUGGAAGAACGAGUAAAGACACUGGAGGAACAACAAGAAAUAAAAACCGAAAACCAUAAACCAGUCAUUUUGAUGAAGAAAUCUCUGCUAUGUACUGUCGAAGAUUAUUUGUCUGAUAAUGACAUGGUUAUGCAGCCACUGCCUGAAAUUGAGGCCAGAGUUUCCAACAAGGAUGUUUUGAUAAGAAUCUACUGCGAGAAGCAAUAUGGUGGGUGCAAUUUGGCCAACUUACUCACCAAAAUAGAGAACCUUCACCUCACAAUUGUCAGUACUAGUGCGUUGCCCCUAGGGAGUUCUACAAUUGAUAUAACUAUCGUUGCUCAGAUGGACGUUGAGUUUUGCAUGACUCACAACGAGCUCAAAGAGAAGUUAAGACAGGCUUUGCUCAUGUAGUACGUACGUAGAGACCUACGCAGUAUAUAAUAUUUUUGAAUUGUAAAACUAAGAAGUUCAUAUGAUGACUCUAAUUAUUUGCUUCAGACUCUAUAUAACCUUCCUAUAUACGAGCUAUGACUUCCUUGAAUAAUUAUAUACAUGCAUGUUUAUAAAAUAUAUGUAAGCAUAAUUCAUGUUGAUCAAUA